AUCAUGCUCAACUUCUUGGUAGCAACCGGUCUCCUGGCCAUAAUUUUUGCAGCCACAGCUCCAGCCCUGAUUGAAGAUCUGGCAACAAUGGAGAGUAAAAUUUCCCUGCUUGUGAGUAAAAACUUUCCCGAAGGACAACUUAUGGAGGUUGACGCGCGAUACCGCUGGCCGAACAAAACCAUCCCGUGGGAUUACCUUCCCUCAGCCUCUAAUUUUAGUGCAUCUGAAAAAGCAAUCAUAAUGGCAUCUUUUCAAGAAAUCAACGCAAAGACUUGUGUAAAAUUUGUCCAACGAACAACAGAAGUAGCUUACGUCAAUGUCGGAAAUAAUUAUUCUGGAUGUUUUGUAUAUAACCUUGGCUACGUAGAUGAAACGUGGCCAUAUUAUUACCUGAACUUGGAAUCAAAUAGCUUCUGCUUCGAUUUGGGUACCAGACCAGCAAUUCAUGAAAUGGGACACAUACUUGGGCUUGAUCAUGAGCACGUAAGAUAUGAUAGGGAUUGCUACAUACGUAUUAUUUGGCAAAACAUCAGCAAGGAUGGAUGGCCUCAAUUUACAAAGCGGUCACGACUCGCCGCAUACUCCAAUUUGCCGUAUGAUUUCAAAAGUAUAAUGCACUACACUUUGACCGCAAGUGGAAAGAAGUCCAUAGAAAUUUUGAGCGGAGUGGACACGGGACUUACAAAUAAUAGCCAAAUAGGCUACCUUCCACAUCUGAGCGCUUCUGACGUUUCCAGAAUUAAUUCAGCUUAUAAAUGCAAUUGA